UUCUUUGUUUCAAAAACAAUAUACAUAAAACGUCGUUGGUCCUUGAAAACCAUAAGCUGCCUCUGGCUUAGUGGACGUUGAAAUCCUUCAAUUCUAUAUUACUUUCUCCACUUCAAUUUCAUAUAAUUCAUGCUUGCGGACUCUUCAGAGUCGGUGAUAGGAAAAUGGCAUGCAGAUUCCUUGCGCGAAAUGGUAUUUUGCAGGACAUGGACAUACCUUCUGCUCCACAGUUCCUGAUUUCCACUAAUACAGGUGCAUACACAACAACUCGUACUGGUGGACAAGGUAGUUGUGUUUUGCUAUGGGAGAGGCAUCUGAUUCGUCUCUCUCAAUCAUUGAAGCUUCUUGCAGAAGCCAAGCCUCAGCUUUAUCCAGCACUGCCCUUUUUUGUGCCUACAUGGUACGAUGAUGAGAUUAGGCCACUUGUUCAAUUAUCAUUGGAAGCUGGACUUCGAAAGGCAUUGCAAACAACGAAAAAUGAUGAGGAGAUGACCAUCACAGCUCUUGUUUGUGGAAGUUCAGCAUCCGUUGAAGGAAGGGCAAACAAGCCUUGUGAUGUUUAUGUACACAUUGCAAGCUACAUUCCGUCUUCAAUUGCAAACGGUGCUGCUCAUUUGGCCAUUGUUGGGCCUGGAAGGAAGAAUGCCUCCACAAAAUCCUCCGAGUGGGUCAGGGCAAGGGAAUGUCUGGAGAGACUUCGUCCUCCAUCUGUGACAGAGUUGUUGCUGUCUGAUGAUGGUGACAGUCUUUUGGAAGGCACAAUAACAAACUUUUUUGCUGUAUGCUACCAGGAAUCAAAGGAAAAGGAUGAAGAGGACAUCAAUGAAGAUAGUGAUAGUAGCAAGUGGACUGGAUACGAAAUCCAUACAGCUCCAAUAAUUGAUGGUGUGCUUCCAGGAGUAAUACGACAGUUGGUUAUUGAGAUUUGUGCUGAUGAGGGGAUUCUACUACGAGAAGUUGCACCCUCUUGGUCAAAUCGUCAAUUAUGGAAAGAAGCUUUCAUUUCAAGCAUAGUUGUGGAGUCUUCAUCUUUAAGUCAUCAGAUACAGUGGUUACUUCUAGAGUCAGAUAGUGUGAGAUUGGUGCAACAUGUUGAGUCAAUUCAAGCACCCUAUUCAUGGAGUCAACUACUUCAUGCUGAAAGUUGGAAAGAUGUCUCAUGGAAAGCUAUACACUUGGAGGGUCCUGGAAUUGUUACUCAAAAAAUACAGAAACUUGUACUAGAACAUGCAAUGUCGGAAGGUUAUCAAUUUAGAGAUGUGGUGAAGUAGAGUUGCAUGAUGAAUUGCAUCCAGAAACAGAUUGGAUUUUAUUCAUUUGGCUGGCCGCUUGAGAACUUAUGAUGUGUCACUUAUAUAGAUUGAAGAAGAGGCUUAAAUCUCUGAGGAUGAUAAUGGUAGGCUUAUUGUGUGCUCUUAAAUGAAGUAGAAGCAGCAUCAUCGCUGCAGUGUGUAUUUUUAGAUCAAGAUUUGUGAUGAUACAUCCAGAUUGUUAGUGAGAACAUAUAUCAAUUUAUGGGGAUUGUUAUUAAA